AUGCUGUGGCUGCUGCUGCUGCAGGUCUGGGCGAGCUGCCUCUGGCUGGGACACGGCGAGGUGGUGACGUCCUUUGAAAGUUCAUGUCCUCAGUUCUUCUACAGUGACACUCCCCCAGAUGCAGCAAUGAAGCCACAGAACCCAGCCUGGAUCUGCCAGACCUUAAACAACCAGCAAUUCUUUGCCACCUUGUAUGACCGAGACAACCGUAUUCCCAUGUACUCUGCUUAUAAAUAUGAGCCUGCAAACCUCACAACAAACCACACAUGGACACUUGAGCCCCAGCUGAUAGGUUCAAAUUUGUCUAAAAACAUGCAAACAGUGCGGACCCUCAAACAUCAAUACAACGUCAGCAAAGCGCUAAUCAUGCAAAGCCAGGCUGUCAACAGAGACUAUAAGGGGAGCGGUUGGGACCGUGGCCAUUUGAACCCCAAUGGACACCAUAACACCUCAAACAGCAGGAAUGCGACCUACACCCUCACCAACAUAGUGCCCAUGAACAAAACACUCAACCGACAUGCUUGGAAAAACUACGAGCAGCAAAUGAUGGCCAAGAAUACCAAGAACUGUCAAACCACCUAUGUCAUUGUGGGGGCUGUGCCUGGGAACUCCUCCAUCCCCGGUGGGAGGGUUAAUUUACCCAGCCACAUCUGGUCUGGUGCCUGCUGCAGGACCAAACAGAACACCGUGAGUGCUUGGGCAGCAAUUGCCGAGAACAACCAGGACCAGGUCUGGGAUCUCACUCUGGGGGAGCUGGAGAACAGGUUGACCCAGCUGUAUAGAAUGCAAAAUGUUUCUCUCUUCCACGACGACUGUCCCCGAUAAUAAGCCUCACAUUCUGGAUUUAACAGGCUCAGGGGCUUUUCCCACGUAUCACAGAUCCACAGAAUGCUUUAACUUGGAAUGGACCUCAAGAAUCAUCCAGUUCCAAACCCCCUUGCAAAAUAGCAGGAACGCCUUCCACUAGACCAGGUUGCUCAGAGCCACGUUCAACCUGGCCUUGAACACUUCCAGGGAUGGAGCAGACACAGCUUCUCUAGGCAAACUGUGCCAGGACCUCACCACUUUCACAGGACAGAAUUUCUCCCUGAUGUGUAGUCUGACC